AUGCCUCCUCGCAAAGCUCCAGCAACCCGCUCAACCGAUGUUCCGCCGCCCGCGAAGCGCGUCGUACCCACUCGUCGCGCUGCUCAACGGCGCCAACCGAGUGCGGACAUUGCUGCACCAGAGCACGGCGAGGUCCGGCCAGAGCGACACGAGCUGGAGCAGACAGGCACGCUUCCGCUCGUCCCGCCCAGCUCGAACUUUCACACCGUCCUCCGCCUCUUCUUCCACUCGGACCACUGGGUGCUCCCUCUCCGAGCCGACGUCGACGCGCUCCUCUUGGGGUUCGAUCAGCGGUGGGCAAGCAGGACGGGCGAGGAGAGUCCGAUGCAGGUCAUGAGGAAGCUGUGGAGCGAGAUGGGCUGGAAGUGGGUAUUGCUGCUCGGGUGUCCAGAGGGUCCGCUGAGGAGAGGAUGGGGACAGACGGUCGUGAGGGCGUUCGUGGAACACCUCAAAGUCGGCGUCGCUCCGCUCCGACAGGCUGCGGCCUUCCUCGCGCUCUACCUCCUCACGCAAACGCAGGCCAAGGGCGCCGAAAAGCUGUUCAUCCAGGUCGAUCCAGACGCCUUCGAAUACAUCACCUCCCUUCCCUCUCGCUUGGCUCCCGCUCUCGACACAGCUCCUGUCGAUUCCGCCUCUCCCGCUGCUUCGACUCCACCUCCAUCCGCCGACCUCGCGUUCGCCCUGUCGGUCCUCCUCCAGACCUCCUCAUUCCACCUCGCUCCCUCGGUCUCGAGCCAAGCCUGGCCAUUCGUUCACGUCGAGCGGAACGCCAAGCUCGUUCGCGAGAAGCGGGAGAGGGCUUUGCUCGUGCUGGGUGCGGAGGAAGAGCUGAAGCGGAUCACGCGGGGAGACUUUGAUGCUGGUGAGGCGAGCGAGGAGAGGGAUACGAAGCGGAAGCGGCGGAAUGACGAAGCCGAGGAGAACGAGGCAGGUGCUGCGGGCGAGAAGGCUGCCGCAGAUGCGAACUCGAACGCGGAUGGCUGGCUCGCGAAUCGCCUCGUUGAGCUUUCGACCGUCUACACCGAAGCCAAAACCGCCUCGUCCGCCGGCAUCGCUUCGACCGCCGCCGCACCCUUUCUGCCUCCUCGACCCUCGACUCUCACGCAACCCGCGACAUCCCUCCAAGCGUCAAUCCUCGAGCGAGCGAAGUCGAUGAUGCGCGAUAGGCUGCGGGAGCUCGAGGUGAAAGAGGCGGAUGCACCGGACUUGCUCGACCUGGUCGGAUGGAUGCGGACGAGAAACACAGCGUAG